AUGUUAUCCACGCAUUAUUAUGGUACCACUGAUGAAGAAAAACCAAUAUACGAAUCACCAGUGUUUAAACAGAUGAAAUAUGAUAUAGAAUUAAAUGAAGAUUUUCUUGAUUCUUUAGGAGUUUCUUAUAUGAUGCCAGAUGCUUUAAUGGAAACAUAUCAGCACUAUGCUGAUGAAUAUGCAGAACCAGUAAUAGAAGCAUGGCAUCGUUAUGCAGGCCCUGUAAAGGAAGCAUUUCAUCGUUAUGCAGAUCCUGUAGUGGAAACAUUACAGCGUUAUGUAGACCCUGAUGAAAUGAAUAGAAGAAAGUUAAGAGAAGUGAAACCAGAAAUUGUAACAACAUAUGUGGCACAUACAGAUCAUCAUACAGAUCAUCAUACAGAUCAUCCAAAUCAUCAUUCAAAACAUCAUUCAAAACAUCAUCCAAACCAUCAUCCAAACCAUCAUCCAAAACGUCCCCCUAAACGAUCACUAACCGUUCGCCUAGAUGACCCAGUUAUUCGAACACCAACAGUUAAAAUAAGUAAAAAUAAGCCAAUUUUAACACGAGAAAUAAAACAAGAAUCAGCUCCAUUAAAACAAGAACCGACUCCAUUAAUACAAGAAUCAAAUCCAUUAAAACAAUAUAAAUUUAAACUUUGGCAUCUAAUUUAUGCAUUUAUUGUGUUUCCACUUUACAUU